AUGUGUAGAAAACAAAAGUCUAAUGACGAUUGCUGCAAAAAGUAUAGAGCCUGCGUCUGUGCAAAUCGACCUGACUUUGAUGAUUGUGAGCAUGCACUGGUAAAAUGUAAUAAGAAUAGAUCCAAAGAAUCUAACAGAUCUGGAAAUAGAAGCGGAGAUUGGGACACUCUCUAUGGAAGUGAAGAAAGUUCAGGAUAUGAUAGUCAUCAAGAUUCCGAAGAUUGUUCCGAUAAUUCAGGUUCAGGUGAAAAUAUGUCUGACAAUGAUGCAACAGAUACAGAACCAAAACCAAUGGAAGGAGAAAACGGAACUGAAGUACCACCAGUAGACAUACCAGCUCCUUAUCCAGUUCCCAACCCAUCCCCUGGGCCAGCUCCUGUACCAGAUCCUGAAUCAGCUCCUAAUCCAGCCCCUGGACCUGCUCCCGGACCAGCUCCAGAACCAGCUCCUGAACCAGCCCCUGGACCUGCUCCCGGACCAGCUCCAGAACCAGCUCCUGAACCAGCUCCAGAACCAGCUCCUGCGCCAGCUCCUGAACCAGCUCCUGAGCCAGCUCCUGAACCAGCUCCUGAGCCAGGUCCUGAACCAGUUCCUGAUCCAGCACCUGUACCAGGUCCUGAUCCAUCUCCCGUACCAGGUCCUGAUCCAUCUCCCGUACCAGGUCCUGAUCCAUCUCCCGUACCAGGUCCUGAUCCAUCUCCUGUACCAGCCCCUGAUCCAUCUCCCGUACCAGCCCCGGAUCCAGUUCCCGUACCAGCUCCUGAUCCAGCUCCAGAGCCAGCUCCUGAUCCAGCUCCCGUAGCAGGUCCUGAUCCAUCUCCCAUACCGGCCCCAGAUCCAAUUCCCGUACCAGGUCCUGAUCCAGCUCCCGUACCAGCCUCAGAUCCAUCUCCCGUACCAGCACCAGAUCCAGUUCCCGUACCAGCUCCUGAUCCAGCUCCAGAGCCAGCUCCUGAUCCAGCUUCCGUACCAGUCCCUGAUCCAUCUCCUGAUCCAUCUCCCGUACCAGCCCCGGAUCCAGCUCCCGUACCAGCCCCUGACCCAUCUCCCGUACCAGCUCCUGAUCCAUCUCCCGUACCAGCUCCUGAUCCAUCUCCCGUACCAGCCCCGGAUCCAGCUCCAGAGCCAGCCUCAGAUCCAUCUCCCGUACCAGCACCAGAUCCAGUUCCCGUACCAGCUCCUGAUCCAGCUCCAGAGCCAGCUCCUGAUCCAGCUUCCGUACCAGUCCCUGAUCCAUCUCCUGAUCCAUCUCCCGUACCAGCCCCGGAUCCAGCUCCCGUACCAGCCCCUGACCCAUCUCCCGUACCAGCUCCUGAUCCAGCUCCAGAGCCAGCUCCUGAUCCAUCUCCCGUACCAGCCCCGGAUCCAGCUCCAGAGCCAGCUCCUGAUCCAGCUCCCGUAGCAGGUCCUGAUCCAUCUCCCAUACCGGCCCCAGAUCCAAUUCCCGUACCAGGUCCUGAUCCAGCUCCCGUACCAGCCCCAGAUCCAUCUCCCGUACCAGCCCCAGAUCCAGUUCCCGUACCAGCUCCUGAUCCAGCUCCAGAGCCAGCUCCUGAUCCAGCUCCCGUACCAGUCCCUGAUCCAUCUCCUGAUCCAUCUCCCGUACCAGCCCCGGAUCCAGCUCCCGUACCAGCCCCUGACCCAUCUCCCGUACCAGCUCCUGAUCCAUCUCCCGUACCAGCCCCGGAUCCAGUUCCCGUACCAGCUCCUGAUCCAGCUCCAGAGCCAGCUCCUGAUCCAUCUCCCGUACCAGCCCCAGAUCCAGCUCCCGUACCAGCCCCGGAUCCAGCUCCCGUACCAGCCCCGGAUCCAGCUCCCGUACCAGCCCCUGACCCAUCUCCCGUACCAGCUCCUGAUCCAUCUCCCGUACCAGCCCCGGAUCCAGUUCCCGUACCAGCUCCUGAUCCAGCUCCAGAGCCAGCUCCUGAUCCAUCUCCCGUACCAGCCCCAGAUCCAGCUCCCGUACCAGCCCCGGAUCCAGCUCCCGUACCAGCCCCGGAUCCAGCUCCCGUACCAGCCCCGGAUCCAGCUCCCGUACCAGCCCCGGAUCCAGCUCCCGUACCAGCCCCGGAUCCAGCUCCCGUACCAGCCCCGGAUCCAGCUCCCGCACCAGCUCCAGCUGGUGGUAUAAAUGACAACAUGAACCAAGGAGGAGGAGGUAGCGGUGGUCUUUUAGGAGGUAUUCUCGGAUAG